AUGGGCGGGGCCGGGGUUGGGGCGGGACGAUGGGCGGGGGCGGGCCGGGGUUGGGGCCGGGCCGGGGCCGGAGUUGGGCGGGACCGUGGGCGGGGCCGGAGUUGGGGCGGGACGAUGGGCGGGGCCGGGGUUGGGGCCGGGCCGGGGGCGGGGCCGGAGUUGGAGCGGGGCCGGGGUGGGGUCGGGCCGGGGGUGGGGCCGGAGUUGGGCGGGGCCGAGCCGGGGGCGGGGCCGGGGGCAGGGCCGGAGUUGGGCGGGACCGUGGGCGAGUCCGGAGUUGGGGCGGGACGAUGGGCGGGGCCGGGCCGGGGGCGGGGCCGGAGUUGGGCGGGACCGUGGGCGGGGCCGGGGUUGGGCGGGACCGUGGGCGGGGCCAGUCCAUCAGUGGACAAGGACUGCCUGACAUCAGCCACACCACUGCAGAGAUCAGACUCGUUCUUUGGGGCCACAUUCUCCUGGCAGUCCCAGCAGAUGUGUAUUGAAACAGGGAUGAAUGGGAACAGUCAAUCUCCGACUGCAAUCAGUGGAGCUCUGUCUACCCUGAAUGGCUUCAGCAAUGGUCCUGCCACCUCAACCAGCUCCUCUCUCACCAAUCAACAGCUGCCUCCUCCCUGUGGAUCCAGGCAACUCUGCAAACUGAAGCGAUUCUUGACCACACUACAGCAGUUCGCCAGUGAUCUAUCCCCAGAGGUUGGAGAGUAUGUGAGGAACUUAGUGUUGGGACUUGUGAAUUCCACCUGGACCAUUGAGGAAUUCCAUUCGAAGCUUCAGGAAGCAACAAACUUUCCUCUGAGACCCUUUGUCAUUCCAUUUCUAAAGGCCAAUCUGCCACUGUUACAACAGGAACUGAUCCACUGCACUCGACUGACAAAGCAAACACCAGAUCAGUACUUGGCCCAACACGAAACAUUACUCCUCCAAGCCAGUAGCUCCUCAUCCAUUGACACCUCGGAAAGCGUGCUGGAAGUAAAUGAAAACGGGAAACGAAAACCUUCUGCCAGGACCAGUGAAAAUGGGGUGGUUUGUGCUGCAUUACCCUCACAGCAGCUCAGUAAAAGGCCAUGUAAGCUCAGUCCAGGACACGGUUUCCAUCCCAGGAUUGGGCUCAUUAACCAACCAAAUGCACUCCCACAUCAGACAGCAUCAGCACCUCAACAUUACUGCCUGGAAGAUCUAGCUGUGGCUCACCAACACAAGGACUUACACAGCCAUCCAGGAAACAGGGACCUCAGGGAUCAACAACUGACUACAGCUCCAAGAUUAAACAGAUCCCAACAAGAAGAUGUAAUUGGUCAUCGUUUGACGGACAGGGAGUGGGCAGAGGAAUGGAAGAACCUGGAUAAUCUCCUGAAUUGUAUCAUGGAUAUGGUGGAGAAGACCCGGCACUCUCUGAUGGUGCUGCGCCAUUGCCAGGAAGCUGAUCGGGUAGAACUUCAUCACUGGAUCUGUUGCUAUGGAAACGCUGAUGAUAUGAGAACAGAAGUACAUGGACAGAUUGCACAGAGAUACAGUUAUAUACAGGAAGAGAUUUGGAAAAAGGCUGAACAGGCAGUAAAUGAGAUAAAGCGACAGGCAAUGAUCGAGCUGAAGCAAGCCAUAUUGGAAGCAGAACACGUGGCCCAGGAGAUGAUCACUGCUGAGCGAGUGAAGACAGAGCAUGCUCUGGCUGAGGCAAAACGACGUGCCUCUGAGGCCACCCAGUCUGUCAGCAAGCAGCAAAAGGCAUCCAGUCAGGGCUGUUGGAAUUGUGGUCGGAAGGCGAGUGAAACCUGCAGUGGCUGCAAUGUGGCACAGUACUGUGGCUCCAGCUGUCAGCACAAAGACUGGGAGAAGCAUCACUGCAUCUGUGGGCCCAACGUACAGCGCCUGCAACCAACCAACACUGCCCACGGCCACAACGCACUGACCACCUCCCCAUCUCCCUCAGUAACCUCCAGCAGGGACAAUCCUGUGACCCCCUCCCCAUCUCCCUCAGUAACUUCUGGGAGGGAAAAUCCUGUGACCCCCUCCCCAUCUCCCUCAGUAACCUCCGGGAGAGACAAUCCUGUGACCCCCUCCCCAUCUCCCUCAGUAACCUCCGGGAGAGACAAUCCUGUGACCCCCUCCCCAUCUCCCUCAAGAAAGGAACAGAAAGAUGAAGAAAUGUGA